AUAGUUGUGACACUGACGCCCAGGGGACGCGCUAGCCCCCUGUAACCGGCUCGCGUCACGUUCCCCCGUACUGAGAGAGCCUGUUCCAAAAUAGACGGCACUCACCCAACACCCACCAACCCACCCACGCUCGGCCCCAAUACUCUCCCCUCUCUCUUUCCCUGCCGAGGAGCGUCACGCACGGAGUCUCCUCAGCAACUCCAGGAAACCGGAUCUCGGGGAAUAUUAUUAAAAAAGGAAGCAGAAGGUGGAGGAGUAGAUCACAGCACAUCAACAGUGAGAGUUGUCCAGGGAAGAGGGCUCUCCCCAUAACCUGAGCCAUGAGUCGCAGCAUCGUGCGGCAGAGUAAGUUUCGCCACGUCUUUGGCCAGACAGUCAAGGCUGAGCAGGGUUACGAUGACAUUCGUGUUUCCAAGGUGACGUGGGACAGCUCCUUCUGCGCCGUCAACCCAAAGUUCCUGGCAGUCAUCGUUGAAUCCAGCGGAGGAGGAGCGUUCCUUGUACUGCCAAUCUCUAAGUCAGGUCGUGUGGAUAAAAACUACCCGCUUGUGAUUGGUCACUCUGGACCUGUCCUCGAUAUCGACUGGUGCCCACAUGACGACAACAUCCUGGCCAGCUGCUCGGAGGACUGUACUGCAAUGGUGUGGCAGAUCCCAGAUCACUCACUGACCCGCCCCAUCUCCGACCCCAUUGUCGUCCUGGAGGGACACUCCAAACGUGUCGGUAUUGUCACCUGGCACCCCACCGCACGCAACAUACUUCUCACUGCGGGCAGUGAUAACCUGAUUAUAAUCUGGAACGUGGGGACAGGCGAGCCCCUCAUCACCAUGGAUGACCACCCAGACCUCAUCUACAGCAUCAGCUGGAACCGAAACGGCAGCUUGUUUUGCACCACCUGUAAGGACCGACGUCUGCGUGUCUGCGACCCACGCAAGAGGGAGGUGGUUGCGGAACGUCUGGCUCCACAUGAGGGUAUCCGGCCAAUGAGAGCCAUCUUCACCAGAGAUGGAAACAUUUUCACCACAGGAUUCACCAGGAUGAGCCAGAGAGAGCUCGGACUCUGGGACCCGACAAAUUUUGAGGAGCCCAUUGCACUGUUGGAAUUGGACACAAGUAACGGAGUGUUGCUACCAUAUUAUGACGCAGAUGCAAACAUGGUCUACCUCUGUGGAAAGGGGGACAGCAGUAUCCGUUACUUUGAGAUCACAGAUGAGCCACCAUAUGUCCACUACCUCAGCACCUUCAGCACUAAGGAGCCCCAGAGAGGGAUGGGCUUCAUGCCCAAGAGAGGUGUGGACGUCACCAAAUGUGAGAUCGCUAGGUUAUUCAAGCUCCUUGACAAGAAGUGUGAACCCAUCACAAUGACAGUGCCCAGAAAAUCGGAUCUCUUCCAAGAUGACCUGUACCCGGACACAGCGGGGGCCGAACCCGCCAUGGAGGCUGAAGAGUGGCUGGAUGGUCGUGAUGAAGAUCCAAUACUGGUGUCCAUGAGGGAGGGCUACAUGCCGCCCAAGAGCCGGGAGCUCAAAGUGGCAAAGAAGAACGUGCUGGAUUCCAAACCCACCACCCGACGAAGCAUGUCCACUUUGGACACCAACAGUCUGCCGCCUGAGCUGCUUGAGAGGCUGUUGGAGGAAAUUCAUAAUCUAAAGGCCACAGUUUUGUCCCAAGAGAAGCGAAUCUGUGAUUUGGAGAAUAAGCUUUCCCAGUACACCAAUGGCACUGACUGACAUGCAUGACACACACCUUUUGAAGAACUGGUCUAAAUUUUUGAAUAUUUAUAGGAUUAACCACUCAAGAAGUCCAACAGUGUUUAAAAGAUACCAUUGUGUAAGAAUAUGAAUGUGGACAUUGUAAAUGUUAAUUGGCAGUCCAACAAAUUUGAAUAAAUUACAUCUGUACUAAUACAACACUGUCAGAGAAGAACAGGUCUACAAAAAGUAGCAAAACUUAAAUGACAGAAAAAUACUUUUCUGCAUGAAAUGGAUUGAGUCUUUUUUGUUAAGUUGAAUCUACAAUCUCCUCAAACGACACAGUACACAGACAUCACCAUAAAAGACUCAAGCAAGCACACACACUCAGCACAUGUAUUUGCCUCGUCCCUCCGUAUCAAACAACCACUGACCAGUUCAUUAAAUCUCUCUGAAAACUUUUAAAAAUGUAAAUAGUGAUAAAAGGAAACAGUAGAAGGAUUAUACAUUAGACACAUUAUGACAACAAUAAAAAAAAUGUGUUUUUUAA